AACCACCGUUUGCACCUACUCCAUUUUCGCUUUCUUAUCAAGCAAAAUGUACCAUAAAAAGGGUCCAUUUCUAUCCCAUACAGAACGUAUUCCACACGGUGUUCGUGUAUUUACGCUCAUAGAAAUGGCCUUAAGAAGGGCAUUAGUUUUCUCUCUGUUUCUCCUCGAUGUCUAUGUUGUCUUUGCUUCAGACCCGGAUCCUCUCCGGGACUUCUGCAUACUCAAUAACGAUGCUGCAGCCUACGUUUCAUGCAAGAAUUCAUCGGCUGCCACAGUAGAAGACUUCACAUUUUCCGGGAUUAAAUCUCCCGGAAAAUUCGACGAAACAGGACUAUCAUCUAUUCCUGUGAAUGUGAAUGUGUUUCCUGGUCUCAGCACAUUAGGUGUGUCGCUAGUUCGAGCAGAUUUUGAAGCUGGAGGUGUGAAUGUGCCUCAUUUCCAUCCGAGAGCAACCGAGAUUGCAGUUGUUUUAGAAGGGAAACUAUAUUCAGGAUUCGUCGACACGCAGAAUCGAGUUUUCGCUAAGGUGAUUGAGAAAGGUGAAGUUAUGGUGUUCCCCAAAGGUUUGGUGCACUUUCAAAUGAAUGUUGGAGAUAAAAAAGCAACAAUUUUGGGUAGUUUUGACAGUGAAAAUCCUGGUUUGCAAAGAAUACCAAGUGCUUUAUUUGGAUCAGGAAUUGACCAAAAACUUUUGGAGAAAGCUUUUGGACUGAGUUCUAAAGAGAUUGCUAAGUUAAGGAAAAGGCUCACUGUCCAUGAUCAGUUGAGCUAGACUUCUUACUAAAAGCUUUAUGUCGGAAUAGAAUGAUAAAAAGCGCGUACGAUCUUUCCUCGCUACUAUAAGAGAGCCUCUAGUUCGAAAAAUUCUUACACGAGUUCAGUUCAUAGUAGGACGGAUUAUAAAAUUUUCAUUGAUUGUCACUUAAAUUAGUGAUUUUUUAAUUAGAAUGGAACGCUUUUUAAUUCGAA